CCCCGCGACGCGGCACCAAAGCCUCUAUACUCUCCUCUACUCUCCUCUCUUAGUUUCUCCUCCCUACAUAGCAUGGCUCUUCCAGAAACCAAUGACGAUAAGAUCCUCCCAGAUGCUUGGGAUUACAAGGGCCGUCCAGCUGGCAGAUCUGAAACGGGCGGAUGGACGAGCGCUGCUAAGAUUUUAGGGGUGGAAUUGUGGGAAAGAAUGACGACGUUAGGGAUCGCCGUUAAUCUCGUGACGUAUUUAACGGGUACGAUGCAUUUGGGCAAUGCCACGUCGGCUAAUACCGUCACCAAUUUCUUGGGCACUUCUUUCAUGCUCUGUUUGCUCGGCGGUUUCGUUGCUGAUACCUAUCUUGGACGGUACCUCACAAUUGCCAUCUUUGCUACGGUUCAAGCAACGGGGGUGACGAUCUUGACAAUCUCCACCGUCGUCCCGAGCCUGAGGCCUCCUGCGUGCACCAACGGUGGGCCCUGCGUCACAGCGAGCGGCCUGCAGCUUAGCAUUCUGUACCUCGCCCUCUACCUCACGGCGCUGGGGACGGGCGGACUCAAGUCGAGUGUGUCGGGUUUCGGGUCCGACCAGUUCGACGAGUCGACGCCCAAGGAAAAGGCUCAGAUGUCUACCUUCUUCAACUGGUUCUUCUUCUUCAUCAACAUCGGAUCGCUCGCUGCGGUCACCGUCCUCGUCUACAUUCAGGACAAUUUGGGUAGGAAAUGGGGUUAUGGCAUCUGCGUUUGUGCUAUCUUGAUCGGCAUCGUCGUCUUUCUAUACGGCACACGACGGUACCGAUUCAAGAAGCUUGUCGGGAGCCCAUUGACGCAGAUCGCAGCGGUCGUGGUUGCCGCGUGGAGAAAACGACACAUGGAAUUGCCGUCGGAUCCGUCGUUCCUUUACGACGUGCAUGAGAGCGAGCAGAGGAAGAAGAAGCAGAAGCUGCCCCAUAGCAAGCAAUUCCGUUUCCUAGACAAGGGAGCAAUCAAAGAGCUCGACCCAGAACAGUGCCAGUCCAUCAACCAUUGGCGCCUGUCCACCCUAACUGACAUCGAAGAGGUGAAGAUGGUCAUCAGAAUGUUACCCAUAUGGGCUACAACCAUCAUGUUCUGGACCGUCUACGCCCAAAUGACCACCUUCUCCGUCUCUCAAGCCACCACCAUGGACCGUCACAUCGGAAAAUCAUUCCAAAUCCCUCCUGGCUCUCUAACCGUCUUCUUCGUCGGUAGCAUUCUCCUAACCGUCCCCAUCUACGACCGCAUCAUUGCCCCAAUCGCUAGUAAGUUCACCCACAAUCCACAAGGCCUCACACCCCUCCAACGCAUAUUCGUUGGCCUGGUCCUAGCCAUACUGGCAAUGGUCGCAGCUGCGCUCACCGAGCUCAAGAGGCUGCGGGUUGCAAGAUCGAACGGGUUGACAGACAAUCCAAAGGCCGAGAUCCCUCUAAGUGUGUUUUGGCUCAUACCACAGUUCUUGCUGGUGGGAUCAGGGGAGGCGUUUACGUAUAUAGGACAGUUGGCAUUUUUCCUGAGGGAGUGUCCAAAGGGGAUGAAGACAAUGAGUACUGGGAUGUUUUUGAGUACUCUAUCUCUUGGGUUCUUUUUCAGUUCGAUAUUGGUGACGAUAGUGCAUAAGGUGACAGGUGAAAGGAGACCUUGGCUCUCGGAUAAUUUGAAUCAAGGGAAGCUUUAUGAUUUUUACUGGCUGUUGGCUAUUUUGAGUGUGGUGAAUUUGGGUGUUUAUGUGGUUUGUGCAAGGUGGUAUGUCUACAAGGAUAGUAGGUUGGGUGAAGAGGUGGAAAAUGGUGUGGAGCUGCACUGAAUCUAGCUUCCAUGUAUGAGGCGGGCCCCCUUCUUUUUUUUUCUUUUUUUCUUUUUUCACGCGAGCUUUUUCUUAUGUGUACAAAAGCUAUGCAAAUGCGUGGUCUUUAUUUGUAGAAGUGAUUUGUCUUUUGUGUA